UUAUGGGGCAUCGGCAGCGGCUUCGACACGCUGGCGCCGCAGGCCUGGGGCGCGGACGAGCGGCGGAAGCUCGGCGUCACGGCGCAGCGCGUCCUCGCGAUCCUCGUCGUCGCCGUCUGCGCUCCGGUCGUCGCCGUCUGGCUCAACGCGUCGUCCAUCUUGCUCGCCGCGGGCCAGGACCGGCGCGUGGCGCUCAAGGUCGAGAGCUUCGCGCGCAUCCGCGUCCCGGGCCUCUUCGCGCAGGCGCCCGUGUGCGUGAUCACGUCGACCCUGACGGCCAUGGGCAAGACGCGGGCGCUCCUCGCGCUGAACGUGCUGUCCGUGGUCGCGAGCGGCGGCCUGAACUGGCUCUUCAUCUCCGCGCGGAGCCCGCUGAGCGGCGCGCUGUCGCCCGUCGACGGCAGCGCGCUGGCGUCGACGUGCGUCGACAUCGCCGGCGCGUUCGUGCUCUCCCUGGUCGUGUUUCGCGACGGGGACUGCCGCGACUGCUGGCCGGGCUUCGACGCGAGGCGCUGCUUCCGCGGCUGGGGCCCCUACCUCGCGCUGGCCGUGCCGUCGCUCGUCAUGGUCAUCAUCGAGUGGUGGAGCUGGGACUGCGUGAACCUGCUCGCGGGCCUCGUCCGCGACCCGCGGACGGCGCUCGCGGCGAACGCGCUCCUCGGGAACGUCAUCUCGCUCGCCUACUGCCUCCCCUUCGGGCUGCAGGCCGGGACGCGCACGCUCGUCGGGAACGCGCUCGGCGCGCAGAAGCCGGAGGAGGCGAAGCGUGCGGCGUCCGUCGGCGCGGUCCUCGGCGUCGGCGCCAUGGGGGCGCAGGCGCUCGCGCUGUACGCGGGGCGCCGCGUCUGGUCGACGCUCUUCGAGGGCGAGCGGGCGGUCGGCGACGCCGUGGCGCGGCUCCUGAAGUUCGUCGUCUUCUUCGCGGCGGGCGACGGCGUCCAGCUCGUCCUCUCGGGCAUCGUCACGGGCGCGGGCAAGCAGAAGGUCACGACGCCCAUCCUCUUCUUCAACUACUGGCUCCUGGGUCUGCCGCUGGGCGCCGUCUUCGCGUUCCACUUCCACGAGGGGCUCCUCGGUCUGUGGAAGGGCAUGUGCCUGGCGGUCUGGCUCCACGUCGUUGCCUACGUCGCCAUCGCUUUCUCCGGCCGCCGGCUCGUCUCCUUCGCCAUCGACUACCCCGCGGCGGCGGCCGAGGCCGCGGCGCGCCUCGAGGCCGAGCGCCCCCCCGAGGGCGCUAACGGGACUUAG